AUGAUAAAAUAUAUUGUUGCUAUUAUUAUAAUUUUACAGUUAAAUAGUUUUGCUUUAGCACAUCUAUGUUUAUUUGAUCCACCACAAAGAGAACCAAAUUGGGGAGUUCCAAUUCAACCAGGUGACAACGCAUGUUAUAGAGUUAGUAGUAAUUGUGGUAAUACAACAACUGGAGCACCAGUUAAAUCAUAUAGCCCUGAAUCUACCAUCCAAGUUUUCUUCCAACAAAAUUACAAUCAUUGGUAUAAACCAAAUCCUGGUUAUUUAGAUGUUUCACUCUCAUACGAUGGCGAUAAUGGUGACUAUAUUGUACUUAGUCCAACAAUUGAUGAUUUCAAUGCUUGGGAUAUGGUUACUCAAACCAAUUAUAGUGUUUCAGUUACCCUUCCAACACAAACUUGCAAAAGUUGUGUAUUAAGAGUUAGAUAUAUAAGUAAUAAUGCAGGAGAACCAGAGCCAGAUUUUUAUCAAUGCUCUGAUAUCGCUAUUCAAGAAUAA